AGCCUCCAAUGGCCCUGGACUUCUAAUUUUGGCGAGCUCGCCGGCACCAUCCCAUUCCGCCGCCGUCCAUGGCCAAGGGUCGCAAAUUGACUACUAGCCAAAGCGAGCGCUUCUUGGGAACCUACGCCAACUCUCAUACCUACGGGUUUAACGCCUCUGACUCAUCCGAGCUCGGAGAGGAAGACGUCUGGUCCGCGGCAGAUGACGCCGGCGAGAACAUGGCGAGUGCUCCUUUCAGAGAUUGGGAGCCAACCGCAACCUCUGAGUGUAACGGCAGCAGCUCUGUGAUGAGCAGGCGGCGAAUCCCUACCCACCGCGUCGGCGGUUUGUCCCUGUCGUUCGAAGACUCCCCAGAUGAUAAUGCAACGACGUCGUCGAUGAUUGUUCAUCAAUAUCGGGGGCAUGAAAGCGUGGCAUCGCCUCGCGGCCACCACAUGGCGACAUCGGCGCCGGUGAACGUCCCGGACUGGAGUAAGAUUCUGCGAGUCAAUUCGGUGGAGUCUAUGCAUGAGGUGGACGACGGUUCCGACGACGACUACGAAUCGGAGAUGGUCCCCCCACACGAGUAUUUGGCUCGUGAGUAUGCACGGAGCCGGAAGAUGGCGGCAAACUCGGUUUUUGAGGGAGUAGGCCGGACGUUGAAGGGCCGAGACAUGACGCGGGUUCGUGAUGCAGUGUGGAGCCAAACCGGGUUCGACGGCUAGCUGCUGAGGACGGUUCAGGCCUGUUUGGAAGCAGUUAUGCGUUGUUACUUGCUAGUCAAACUCAGCAAUUUGAGGAAUACUUUUUUUUUUUUUUUUGGAGGAGCCUAUUGGGUGGGUGAGUUUUGUGGGCGAUGAUUCGGCUGAGUUGACUCAGUUUCAGAGAGUCAAACUCAGCUUCAAGGGAGCCUGAAAUGCAUAAAUGGGGAAUGGCAAUUUUAUUACUCUCAUUAAUUACAAUUUUUAGACCAAUUGGCGUCAGUUAAAUGUAGGACAGUGUUCCUCUUUUAUUUAUGGUUAUUUCUUGUUGUAAUUUGAACUAUGAUGCAGGACAUAGAUACUGUAUUAGUUUGGAGAAAAUGUUUGAUAUUUGUUA